AACCAUCGAGGGUAGUCACAGGCUUGAGUGGCAGUGGACCAGCAUACAUAUUUCUAGCAAUAGAGGCUAUGGCUGAUGGAGGAGUUGCUGCUGGUCUUCCACGAGAUCUUGCAUUGAAGCUAGCUUCCCAAACAGUUCUGGGAGCAGCUGCUAUGGCUAUCAAUUCAGGAAAGCACCCAGGACAACUCAAAGAUGAUGUUGCAACACCUGCAGGAACUACCAUUGCUGGUGUUCGCGAGUUGGAGAACGACGGAUUUCGUGGAACUUCGAUGAAUGCAGUCAUUGCUGCUGCCAAUUGGAGUCGAGAGCUUUCAGAGAGUUGUAGAAUCAGAGUCCACCUCAAGGCUUGGGAGUCUGAAUUUCAACUUCCAGUCUCAAAUGUCGGACAUCUCGGACACUUGAGACUUCAGGUUUUCUGAUCUUGAUUUCCUCUUUCUGCUCUGUUCCUAAUUCCUAUUUGGGAAUUGAUGUGUACACCCAUCUUGGCAAUGUGAUUUCUUUAGUUUCAUACGGUUUCUUCUGUUCAUGUAAGAGAUCAAUAUGAUUCAGAGACCUGAAAAUCAGACAGAAGAGGACAUUCCCCAUAAAUGUGCUAAUGUGGUACACCUUCAAGAUCCAGGUCAUUCAACAAGUGGGACGCACUGUUGACAUGCCCAGGCCAACAAAUCAGGCCCGUUCACUCAUCAGGUGGGUCACAUUUGAAAAUUGGAUAGACCGAUCACCAUCUCUUUUCUAAUUUUUUCUUCUUUGCAUAUUGUUUGUUUCAGCCUCUAUUGUUUGGAAUGACAUUGUUUUAAUUAUUUUGAUAAUUGGGGGCUUUUUGUUUUACUAUUUUCGUAAUGUAUGAUUUAUCAGUGAGGAAGAAGCAAAGAAGAAGAUCUAUAAUGUUUCUUAUGAUAGAUAUUUUGGUUUUGGAUGUGAGAUUGAUGAGGAGACCUCAAAUAAGCUAGAAGGAUGGUAUCAAGUGGUUUUAGAUUUAUGAUGAAAUUGUUGUCUGGUAAAUAUUUUUGCUGAUUGUACCUUAAAAAAAUAUUUUCCUGAUUUUAUCCUUCUCUCUACAGGUCUUCUUGGCGUCCUAUUUUUGCUGAGAACAAGGACUAUGGAGGUUGAGGUUGCUCUGAGAGAUCUUAUACUCUCAGAUUAUGCCAAGAAGAAUAAUGUAAAUGCUUUGGCACUGACACAAUCUGAAAUUCGUGAUAUAAUACAGGGGGCUGAGAUAACUCCACC